AUGCUCCUCAGAAACAGAGUGAAAGCUCCCCAGAUGGACAAUUUUGAUAUUUUAGAUCGAGUAAAUGUUAGGUACUGUACGCCAAUCAUCUUCCUCGACAAUUACAACCUGCUCGCGCUUUCCUGCCUCGAAGUUUUGGGAGAGAGUUUGUUCGCGGUCGUAGCAAUCUGCUACCUGGGAUCGCGCAAGAAGAAGCUCUUGGUCGCAAGCCUUUACUCCGCGGCCAUCGUGUUCGUGACGACGGUUGUGACGGUGGCCUGCUUCCUCCUCGAGGAGAUCCACGUUCGUGGGAAGUUGGUCAGCACCAUCAUGACGUGCUUUUCUUUCAUCACAGUACUGGCCACUGGGGGUGGUGUACGAUCUGUGGUUUUCAAGAAAGACACAGCUGCUGAGCUCUCGGUUUUCUCCUCGGUGUUGGGUGCGUCCGGAAGCCUGAAUCUGUGCCUUUAUGGCGUUCUGUUCCACAACAAGAUUAUCGCGAUCCAUUACGCGGUAGCUUUCGUUGGGCGCGUCACCAUUUUGGUGGUAAUAGGAGCUCUGUACUUGUCCCACCACCGUAGAUACAGAGUGGGAUUCAGUACCAUCCUCUUGGUACUGAGAUCAACGUACUGGGAAUAUGUGCGCUCCAAGAUCCCACGAGCUUUCGUCGCACGCCUGGCACUGCCGGCCCCACCGAGGCCCGACGUCGAGAGCUCCGGCCGAGUGGAGGUGGAGCUGGGAACCGCACCGACGCCUGAGCCUGACAUCAAUGAGGCGCCAGUCACGAUGGAAAGUUUGGGUCGGGAGAUGGCCAACUUGAGGGAGCUUGAGGGAGGAGGUAGCCAGGAUCAGGGAUCUCGUUUCCAUCCCCGGUACGGAGCUACCAUCGACCUCCGCGCCUCGUCCACGCCCCCGCCCUCGCCUUACGACCGUGUCGGAGAUUGA